AGGAUCCCUUCCUGCCGCGUGCGCUUCCCGCGCCGUGUUCUGCGGUACCGAACCAACAACUAAAGCUUUAUAUAUCUCUCUGCUGUUGUUUGGUCGCUUCUCUUUCUAACCUCGCUGGAGAUGGAGGCGUUCAACCAGCUCCUCCUGGAGUAUCCGGAGUUGAUGUACAGCGGAGUCGGAGCGACCGCGUCUGUAGCUGUGGGAGCUGCUGCAGCUGUGAUCUACAAACUAGCUACCAGAAAGAAGCCAACCCAUGCAGAAGUGAACUGCUGGUUUUGUAACCAGAACUCUGUGGUGCCCUUUGGGAACAGGAACUGCUGGGAUUGUCCCAACUGUGAUCAAUAUAAUGGCUUCCAGGAGAAUGGGGAUUACAACAAACCCAUCCCAGCUCAGUACAUGGAGCAUCUUAACCAUGGAGUAUCUGGUAGCCUUCCCACGACAACCAAGACACCGCAGACGGUUACCAGUCAGAUGCUCUUGUGCAGAAAGUGCAAUAAGAACCAGACUGUAGUGAUAAAGCAGUUGGCCUCAUUUAUUCCACGGGAUGAUGAGAACUACGAUGAGGAAAUCGAGGCAUACAAGCACCACCUGGAGCAGAUGUAUAAGUUAUGUAGGCCGUGUCAGACAGUGGUAGAAUACUACAUAAAAUAUCAAAACCGUCAACUUCGAACAGUGCUCCUAAACCAUCCGCUUCGACGCAGCGGAGACUCAGACAAGGGCUUCGUAAAGAGCUCCUACUCUGGGUCUUCUCCCACGGGGGUCAUACUGUUACGGACCCUCGCCUUCCUGAUAUGUGCUUUCCUAGUCGCUACGUCUUUGUGUGAUUUGUCAUACCAGCCUACUCCCAGUGGUGGCCCACAGACAUUAAGUGGUGGGGUCAUUCCUCCAAAGCCUUCACUCCAUAAUGAAUCCACCCACACCAAUGAAAGCAGCGGAGGUGAACCCGCAUGGCAGAGUCUGCUGGAGCUGCUCCCAGACAAGACCUUAGAAAAUGUCAAGCUGGUGUGGCAGCAUGGAAAGGACAACCAGCUGGCUGUAGUCUCUGUUGGCCUGUUGACCUGUCUCACUGCUAUCUUCUUAGCAGGACUUGUGAGGUUGAGGAGAAUUGACGCCGUGUCCUCCGUCCUGUGGUUCCUCAUCCUGUGCCUCCACCUGGCUGAGAGCUACGUGACCGAUGACUCGGGCUGGAUGGACAAAGCCAAGCUCAGCACCGUCUCCCUCUGUUGCCUCUUCAGCUUUGCCGCCGCAGUGGCAACUCGCAAAUCGCUGGGUCCGAGAAGAGCCCGAUAUCGAAGAUUCCUUGCAGGCAGCUCUGCACUCUUCAGCAGCCAGGCUCCGGAUCAGGCAGACUCCUUCGUCCUGGCCCCGCCACCCAACAUCUACAAGCUCAUCAACCGCCACCAGAGUCCUCGCGAGCGCAAGGCGUCCCCCUCCUCUCUGCCGGGACGCCUCAGCAGAGCCCUCUGCCUUGGCACCAUGCCCUCCCUCACCAGGACAGAUUCCGGUUACCUGUUUAGCGGAAGCAAACCAGCCUCACAAUACAAAGACUCCCCGUCCUCAGACUACUUUUCACUGAUGUCCGGGAGCCGCCCGUCGUCCCCGGGCCCCUCUCCGGCUCCUUCAGUAGCCGGGUCAGUCACAUCCAGUUCAGGUUCCGCCAGACACCGGCGCCCCCUCAUCAGCCCCGCUCGCCUCAACAUCAGCGGACGGAAACUCCGGCUUUUCUCGGCGCCAGAAGCGGAACCCACGCUCAUGUCCCCGUCUGUGUCUUCGUCACAUUUCCACGUAAAGUCGGCCUCCUCCAUUUACAGCGGCUGCUUUUCACCUGAUACGUCACCGUUCCAGAGUCAAAACGAUUUGAGUUCUCUGUUAAGGGACGGCAGUGUGAUCGAAGAAGAAGAGAAGCGAGGCAGCUCCUCUGAGUCGUCCUCAUGCCUGGUUGGUACUACUACACAGGGACCUGAGAACAGCCCUCCUACCAAAGGUUUCGUGAGGCGUCUUAUCUGGCCGGGGCUUGUGCUGGUGAGCCUGACCUCCAACCUGUUCUUCGCCGGCCUCUACCUUUACAACAACUGGAGAUGAACCGUUGAUGGGUCUUCUGCUGCUGCUGCUGUUCUCCUGUGACCUGCACAGAGUGAGUCGGCCUCUGGCCUUUGACAACACUGCCGUGUCCUGUGGACCUGUAGGUUUAUUCAGCAAUGCCAGAAAACAUCAAAUAUCUGGCAGCUACUUAUUGUUUGCUGGUGCUUAGUGAAGAAGACAGAUGACCGUUGACAGAUUUUCAACAACGUACCUCCCAUUUUGGAUUGGCGUUACAGGAAAACUGUGAGGUGAAAUCAAAUAUUACGCCUUUGAAUUUGUGAUAAAUGAUCUGGCCUUGGUUUGUUUUUUCUAGUUUGUCACUGCUCCUCUUACAUGAACGCAGGUGCAUGUGUAAUUUAAAUUUAAAGUAAUUUAAAAAGGCUCAAUUCUGACACUGAUGACGUGAAAUGUGCAAUAAAAUCGUGUACUGUUCAGUUGAUGCUGCUUGGACACAGAGGUUCAUGUCUUACCUACUUAUACUGAUUGUGAUGAGUGCAUUACCUCUCCCAACUGAAUAACAUUUCUGGUUCUCUACAAUAACCAAAAAAUGAAAAUUAAAGGUAUAAUAUGCAGGAGUUUUCUAAGAAAAACAAAACAAUGUAAAGACUCAUAGAAAAAUAAUCAAUCAUCACUGUUGAGUGUGUGGUGGUGUCUGUAUCUGCAGAGACCCUGCAGCCCUCUGCCUGUAGUUUAUCUUAUUUUGCUGUGUUCGGGACUCUUCAGCAAAGACUCUUUGGGUCCCACGUGGGUCAGUUUUAGUUGGACUGAGAGCAAUGCUGAGCCACACACACUGCGGACCGGAUGAAGCCUGCCCUUCGGCUGCAUUCAUUCAAAAUCCGGAAACUCUGCACCUUCCCCACAGGCUUGUGCGGAGGUGUUCGGAGUUAGUUGUGUGUUUUAUUCGUGCUUUACAAAAUAACCGCUGUGAAAUAAUCAGAAAAUAAAGUUUUUUUAUUUCUCUGAUUCACUGCUUUGUUCUCACUAACACCGCUCCCUCUCUUCAUUCACUCUAUAGCUCGCUUCACCAGCGUGUAAUAGACCCGCCUGUCCACCCGAAGUAAGCGUGUCAGUGUCACGUUUUGUGUCACCGAGACGUGAACAUUACAUGCCAGCAUGAAGGUGCAGUGUCUUUAUAGUAACGGUUGUCACGUGACGUUUGUCACAUGUUGUGUAGUGACGGAAGUCUAACUUCACACUGACAGCUGUCACAUGUACCGUAUCGGUUUUAUUUAGUCUACGUACGUAUUUUAAGCCAAACCAUGACAUUUUCCCUAAACCUAACUAAUGCCAGGAUCAGACUGUGAUAUUUUUGACGGUUACGAUGGUCACUAUGUCAGAUUAGACGAUUGAGAGUCAUACAUUAUUGUCGUGACUUGGCCGCGACACAUGACAGACUACACGUCGGUCCGCUGUUCCAACAAUACACACUCUCCCGGCACAAACAUGCUAAACUUUCUGUCGGGACGUUGUGAGGCGUCCCAGACACGCCGUCGGUUGUCGUGUAUUAUGACACACUACACAAGAUGAAACGAAUGAUUUUCGCACACUCAUUUAGUCUUUCCCGAUCCAACUCCACACCCUACGACAGCCGUGUCGGGCUAUAAUUGGGCCGAUAUUGUGUAGUCUGAACUGGGCAUAAGUGGUUUUGUUGGCUAAUCCUAAAUGAGUGGCUUUGUCGCCCCCUGCUGGUACUGCACCUUCAUACAGGCACGUAAUAUUCUCGUCUCUGCGAGGCAAAAUGUGACGUCUGGUGGACAGGCGGGUCUUUAACAUUCAACUUUGAAUUCCGUGUGUUUACAAACGGCAACUGUCAAAUGUAACAUAUUAUACCUUUUUAAGCAGCAUGUUACGUUUGUUUUGCAAUCUUGAAAAUUUUUACAAAUUUUCACUUUGUAAUGUCAUAAUUUCACAGCAUCCGGUGUUUGCUGUUCUCUCUGUGUGUAUUCAGCUGGGAAAGAGUGGUGUGUCAAACUCUAUCCUGUCAGGUUGUUUUGUUUUACAGUCAACAGUUUUAUAUUCCAUGUCACAAUCAUUCACUACAGAAAUGGUUCUCUUUCACCAAACCAUUUCCUCCUCCGUUAUCUCUUAUAGAUAUCCUGUUUACAGGCUAGUUCGUAAGGUGCAAAACUGAAGGUCAGGUGCAAUAUCUAUAUGUAUAUAAAAAGAAAAUCACAUUCACAUUUCAUGAUGUUUGCAUAAAAAUAGCAGAGAUUCAGAUAGAAGUUUUUUCUCCUAACUGAGCUGUGAACUAAUUUAUACAGAACUUUUCUUAUAACUUGUAGUCAAACAUCUACAUAUUCAAUUUGAAUGCAUUUGCACUUGUGUUUUUUUUCUGAAUUGUAUGUCCACUCUUUGUGGUCGGUUGUGUUGUAUUUUGAAUAUGUGAUUUUAAAUUGUUCUAUUAGAGCUGAAGAGCACAGAAGUUUGAUUAUUGUGAGUGUAUGUUGAACAUAAGUUACAAAAAGUUGUACAUUUUGGACAUUAUGUAAGAUGUAUAUAAACACGUUAGUUAGCUUAAUAACAAAUGUUGUCAUGCUUUUGGGUGUUUAUUUUCACAUGAAAAUAAUUGUAUUGUUGAAUGAACAUGCACUUGAUUUUUGAGAGGAAACACUGGGUUACGUGUUUUUCUCAGAUACUUAAUGCUAAUUUGAAUUUGUGGUAAUUUAACGUAAUAGUUAAACUAUAUUCAAAUGUUUUAUUGGGUUUUCAAACAUUAAGUCAUGAAUACAGUCCUCCAACCAGUUAGUAGGAGUUUGAGAAGGGAAUGUAAUGUAGGGAAGUAUUCCUGAGUUGGAGGCACCUGAUAAAGUGAGAUUGUGCACCGGAUUCGACUGUUAUCAGGCCAUUAAAUAGCGGUUAUCAGUCACUAUAAGCACCAUAGAUGUGGGUCAUUAGGGGCCUACUGCGCCUACUACAUUGUAAAAGUGAAAAGGAAACUUAAAAGUAACAUGUUCUAAAACUGAAGGAAACAUUUUGAACAGAAACAAAAAAGGUUUCUUUAGGUUUAGGAAACAAAACUACAACUUCUUUAGGUUUAAGCAA